UCAGGGCAGCUCCGAGGGCCGCAGCCGGGGACGGCGCCACGCGGGGGCCGAGCAGGCGCGGCGGCGGCGGCGGCGGGGCGCUCCGGGGAGGCCCGGGCAGCUGAUGGUUUUGGCGAAGUACUUUAAGGUAGCUGGGCCCACGCCCUCUUCCCCACCUACCUCUUGUCCUCCCCCCACACCACCACCACCCUGGCUCCCCUCCCUCAUGACCGCCUGGAUCCUCCUUCCUGUCAGCCUGUCAGCAUUCUCCAUCACUGGCCUAUGGACUGUGUAUGCCAUGGCCGUGAUGAACCACCACGUGUGCCCCGUGGAGAACUGGCUACUCUCUGUCCUGCCUGCCAGGUCCUACAACGAAUCCUGCUCUCCUGACCCCACUGAGCAAGGGGGCCCCAAGACCUGCUGCACCCUGGACGAUGUCCCCCUCAUCAGCAAGUGCGGCACGUACCCCCCCGAGAGCUGCCUCUUCAGCCUCAUUGGCAACGUGGGUGCUUUCAUGGUGGCCCUGAUCUGCCUCCUGCGCUACGGGCAGCUCCUGGAGCACAGCCGCCAUUCCUGGGUCAACACCACCACGCUCAUCACAGGCUGCACCAACGCUGCGGGCCUGGUGGUGGUGGGCAACUUCCAGGUGGAUCACGCCAAGUCUCUGCACUACGUCGGAACCGGCGUGGCCUUCACUGCCGGGCUGCUCUUUGUCUGCCUGCACUGUGCCCUCUCCUACCACGGGGCCACUGCCCCCCAGGACCUGGCUGUGGCCUACCUGCGGAUUGUGCUGGCAGCCGUCGCCUUUGUCUCUCUGAUCCUCAGCGGGGUCUUCUUCAUCCACGAGAGCUCUCAGCUGCAGCACGGGGCGGCCCUGUGCGAGUGGGUGUUUGUCAUCGACAUCCUCAUCUUCUACGGCACCUUCAGCUAUGAGUUCGGGGCGGUCUCCUCGGAGACGCUGGUGGCCGCGCUGCAGCCUGCCCCCGGCCGGGCCUGCAAGUCCGGGAGCAGCAGCACCUCCACACACCUCAACUGUGCCCCUGAGAGCGUCGCCAUGAUCUGAGGUCCGGGGAGGGUGGCUGGCCCGGCCUCCGCAGCUCCCCACCCGGUAUCUCCUUUGCAUUUAUUUUGUACCAAAAAACGAUUCUGAGCAAGUAUUCUGUUGGGACCGAGGCUUCCUCGCUCCUGGAGGAGUGGCCAUCCCACACCCACCCGUGCCAUACAGGAGCGGGCCCGGGCAGCUGCCCAAGCUGCACACGGCCUGCUCCCUACACCGCAGUGUUAUUUUUAUGUUUUAAAGGUCACGUGUCCUCAUUCACCCAGCCAGCCCUUCAGGUGCCUUCUUCUCCCCCAGUGCCACUGGGGUUUCCUGCUGCAGGAAUUGGGGGCUGGGAACAGCGAGAGGGACAGCCGUCUGGGGGCGGGGGUGGGCACUCCUUUAGUCUGUGGGAAGGCUCACUUCUGGGCCCACUGAGCUGCACUGGGAUUCUUCACCCUUUCUUUAGGGCAAAUAACACAGCAGAACCACGUGGGUAUUUUAGUACUUUUUUUAUAUAUAUAUCUAUUAAAAGAAUUCUAAUUUG